GCAUUAAAGAAGCGUAAAGAUGCAUCGUGGAUCAGGCUGGCGGUUCUCCUGUCUGCGCUGACAGUCCACUGCUUUCUGGACGGGACCUGUCCACGGAGAGACCCCCCUCCCAGGGUGCUGGUUGUGUCCCCAGGCAGCGUUCUGGUCUUGGCCUGUAGUGGUCAGGUGGAGGUGAACGGGCUGGAGGUGAUGGUUAACAGGGCCAAACACACCAGCACCACCGCUGGAAAUGGAAAAUACACCAGUGUCAUUACCGGUGUACACCCCACCACUGUCAGCACCACAACAAACACCACAUCUAACGGAACCACUGUCAGCACCACAUCUAACGGAACCACUGUCAACACCACAACAGACACCACAUCUAACGGAACCACUGUCAGCACCACAACAGACACCAAAUCUAACAGAACCACAACAAACACCACAUCUAAUGGAACCACUGUCAGCACCACAUCUAACGGAACCACUGUCAACACCACAACAGACACCACAUCUAACGGAACCACUGUCAGCACCACAACAGACACCAAAUCUAACAGAACCACAACAAACACCACAUCUAACGGAACCACUGUCAGCACCACAUCUAACGGAACCACUGUCAACACCACAACAGACACCACAUCUAACGGAACCACUGUCAGCACCACAACAGACACCAAAUCUAACAGAACCACAACAAACACCACAUCUAACGGAACCCCUGUCAGCACCACAACAGACACCACAUCUAACGGAACCACUGUCAGCACCACAACAGUCACCAAAUCUAACGGAACCACUGUCAGCACCACAACAGACACCACAUCUAAUGGAACUACAGCCAGUGCUAUAAAAGACGGUAGUGAUAAUGGAAUAGACACAUUUUCUACUGGAAAGGACACUAUUGUCCUUACUGUAACAGACACUCCUGUCAUAAGCUGGACAGAUGAUACCGGGACAGACAGUAAGAAGAAACCCGUCAUCAGGAACACUCGUGCAGGAAACCACACUCUUACUGUGAGAGAAGUUAACAAAGGGAAUGGAGAGAAUGAGGAAGAUGAAACAGAGGAGGAGCACAAAGGAGGAGGAGAGCAGAGGGAUACAGGGCGGAGUCUUUACACUGUCAAUCAAUCAGGACAUACAGAUACACAGAAACUAUUUCCUCUUACUGGGACAUCGCUCCAACCAACCAGAGACAGCGGAGUGGGAGGGGCUGACACUGAGCUGCCCUCUAAUCGGUGGACUGAUGUGAUGGACAGUGAGCAUGACUAUGAGGUGAGGGGGCUGAGAGGGAGGUCUCAGUGGAGACUGAACGGGAGGCCGCUGAGAGGAGGAGAGGAAAGAGGAGGAGUAGUGGUGUUAGGGAGGAGAGGCGCCACUCUGACCCUGCCCUACCUGGCGGUGGGUGACUCUGGGAACUACAGCUGCCACCACGGGGGCAAACUGGUCUCCUCUCUGAGGGUGAGCGUGGCAGUUCCCCCAGAGAGGCCUAAGCUGUCCUGCUAUAAGAGGUCACCCAGCAGUAAGAUCCGCUGUGAUUGGACAGCCAGUCAACCGGUGACUCCUGUCCCUCAGUGCUACCUCCUCCUACGGAAAGGUCUAUCAGGGUCAUUCUCUCGUGUCAACUGUUCCUACUCCGCCCUGCUGUCUCGGUGUUGGUGUGCUAUAGGUCAUCAAGAGAAGGAGAGUAGAGAGCCACACCUGGCCUACCUGUGUGUCACCAACACUGCUGGCAACACCACCAGCCCUCUCCUAGACUUCACACCUCUGGACAUUAUUAAUCCAGACCCCCCCAGCUCAGUGGUGGUGAGGGGUGUGGAGGGGCAGGAGAGGAGACUGAGGGUGAGCUGGGCUGUUCCUCACUCCUGGAAAGAGAGAGACCUCUAUCACGAGCUGCUUUAUGAGCUCAGAUACCACACCAUGCCACACGGAACACAGAUAAAAGAGACCACCACAGCCCGGUUCUACACUAUAACAGAUGCGUUGCCAGGAGUACAGUACCUGAUCCAACUCAGAGCUAAGGAAGAGUUUGAUGGCCACUGGAGUGAAUGGAGCACGGCUGUCUACGCCAACACCUGGACAGCCCCUGUGCCAACUGCGUUCAGCGAUCUUUCUACUGUUCUGCAGGACUACACAGACGACACAGAUUCUGGCUCUGGUAUGACAGAAGAGACAUCAGUCUCUGAGUCUAGGGGUGGUGUAGAGGUGUGGCCUCAUGUCCUGUGGGUGGUUGCUUCCUGUGUGAUGCUGUCAAUCACUCUGUUGUCCACCUACCUCUACAGACACAGGGAGAGGUUCCUGUCUAAGCUGUGGAGGUUGAGUCCCGUCUCCUCCUCUCCUGCUUGCCCCUCCCCCCCAGUCACAGCCCUGCCUACCCAGGAAGGACAUGCCCUCGUGAACUUUGAUCACCCAAUCUACGGGGAACCCGUCCCACAGGAAGAAGAGAGGAAGGAGGAUGAAGAGGAGGAAGAAGAGGAGAAGGGGAAAGUUAUUCGCUUUAACAACACAAGCUAUUUUCUGGUCCAGAGCAAAUGAUAUGCCUGCUCUUAAAACAAACCCCUUACCCUUUAUCCCAGGCCCUUACUGCUAGCCCCCUGUUCCCCUAGUCCAGGCUGGAGAAGCCCUGUUGUUUCACUGUUUGGAUGUGUGCAGUAUUUUGUUCUCAUUGGGGAAAAUGAGCCAGUAGAGUAAUGAUGUAAAUAUUAAUUUGUGUGUCUAUAAAAAAAAGGAUUGGGUUUUUGUAAAUCAUUUUGUCAGAAUUAAAUAAAUAGUUUUGAAUACAAAA